ACUUUUUCUCUAUCGUUGUUUCUAUGUUUUUGUCCUUUCCCUUCUCUCUCCAAUUAUCCAUUUUUCUCUUUUAGCUUCUUCCCACAAGUGGGUCCUAAAUCUUAAUUUCCUCUCAAGCGGCGUUCUCAUCCUUUUCCCUUCUCAAGUUUCUUCUUCUCCUUUAGCAACAAUGGCGGACCAAGUCAAGUUGUUGGAUUUUUGGCCCAGCAUGUUCGGGAUGCGAGUCAGAGUAGCCCUUGCUCUCAAGUGCGUGCCCUACGAAUAUGUGGAUGAAGAUCUCACAAACAAGAGCCCUUUGCUUCUUCAAAUGAACCCAAUUCACAAGAAAAUCCCUGUUCUUAUUCAUAAUGGAAAGCCCAUUUGUGAAUCUUCCAUAAUCGUCCAGUAUAUUGAUGAAUUUUGGAAGGAUAAAGCUCCUCUGUUUCCUACUCAUCCUUAUGACAGAGCUCAGGCCAGAUUUUGGGUUGAUUUCAUCGAUAAGAAGCUUUUUGAUUGUGGGAGGAAAAUUUGGGCUAGCAAAGGAGAGGAGCAAGAAGAAGGUAAAACGGAGGUAAUAGGAAUAUUGAAGCAGCUUGAAGAAGUAAUCGGGGAGAAGGCUUACUUUGGAGGUGAAUGUUUGGGAUUUGUAGACAUAGUUUUGAUUGGAUAUUACACUUGGUUUUAUGCCUAUGAGACCAUUGGAAACUUCAGCAUUGAGUCUGAGUGUCCAAAGAUAAUGAGUUGGGCAAAGAGAUGCUUACAAAAUGAGAGUGUUUCUGAGUCCCUACCUGACCCCAAAAAGGUUUGUGAUUUUGUGCUUCAAAUGAAGAAAAAGUAUGGGCUUUGACUAAACCCAAACUGCUGAAGCUACCCUCUUGAAGCUUUUAUUUGUAGUGUUUUGUAUAUGUUUGCUUCUGUUCGGAUGCUGAAAAGGGCUUUGUUUGCACACACUCUGAUGUUUGCGUUUUGAACAUUAUCAAUGCAGUUAGUGAUUAUAUAAAUAAAUAAAUGACAUGUCCAACUUGAUUUCAA